CCUGGGGGAUCUCCCAGGAGGUGGCCCCCGCUCGCCCAUCCAGCCGUGCGCCCCCGGCCAUGGCAGCGCCGCCGUCCAGGCUCCUGAUCCGCGGGGGGCGCGUGGUCAACGCCGACGCCUCGCAGGUGGCGGACGUGCUGGUGGAGGGCGGCGUGGUGCGGGCGCUGGGGCGCGACCUGCUGCCGCCGGGGGGCGCGCCCGCGGGGCUGCGGGUCCUGGACGCCGCGGACAAGCUGGUCCUGCCCGGCGGCAUCGACACCCACACCCACAUGCAGUUCCCGUUCAUGGGCACCAGGUCCGUCGAUGACUUCCUGCAGGGCACCAAGGCGGCCCUGGCGGGAGGCACCACCAUGAUCCUCGAUUUUGCCAUUCCUCAGAAAGGCAGCUCCCUCGUCAAAGCCUUCGAGACCUGGCGAAGCUGGGCGGAUCCCGCGGUCUGCUGCGACUACAGCCUGCACGUGGCCGUGACCUGGUGGAGCGACCAGGUGAAAGAAGAAAUGAAAAUCCUUACCCAAGAUAAAGGUGUGAACUCCUUCAAGAUGUUUAUGGCCUAUAAAGACGUGUACAUGGUGAGGGACGCGGAGCUGUACGCGGCCUUCUCUCGGUGCAAAGAAAUCGGAGCGAUUGCUCAGGUCCACGCGGAAAACGGAGACCUGAUCGCCGAGGGAGCAAAGAAGAUGUUGGCUUUGGGGAUCACAGGCCCCGAGGGCCACGAGCUGUGCCGCCCAGAGGCCGUGGAGGCGGAGGCCACGCUGAGAGCCAUCACCAUCGCCAGCGCCGUCAACUGCCCCCUGUACAUCGUGCACGUGAUGAGCAGGUCUGCGGCCAAGGUGAUCGCGGAUGCCAGGAGAGAUGGGAAGGUGGUGUACGGAGAACCCAUAGCAGCAAGCCUGGGCACAGAUGGCACUCACUACUGGAAUAAAGAAUGGCGCCACGCAGCCCACUACGUCAUGGGGCCCCCCUUGAGACCAGACCCUUCAACUCCUGACUACCUCAUGAAUCUAUUGGCUAAUGGUGAUCUGACCACCACAGGGACUGACAACUGCACGUUCAACACCUGCCAGAAAGCUCUCGGGAAGGAUGAUUUUACGAAGAUUCCCAACGGGGUGAACGGUGUUGAGGACCGGAUGUCAGUCAUAUGGGAAAAAGGCGUGCACAGUGGUAAGAUGGAUGAAAACCGAUUCGUGGCAGUGACCAGCACAAAUGCAGCUAAAAUCUUUAAUCUCUAUCCAAGGAAAGGGAGAAUAGCUGUAGGAUCAGAUGCUGACAUUGUGAUCUGGGACCCAAAAGCCACAAGGACUAUCUCGGCAAAAACUCACCAUCAGGCUGUGAACUUCAACAUCUUCGAGGGCAUGGUUUGCCACGGGGUGCCCCUAGUGACCAUUUCCAGGGGCAAAGUGGUGUAUGAAGCUGGAGUUUUCCAUGUCACAGCAGGAGAUGGGAAGUAUAUUCCUCGCAAACCAUUUGCUGAAUAUGUUUACCAAAGGAUCAAGCAGCGGGACCAGACUUGCACACCUACCCCCGUGGAGCGUGAGCCCUAUAAGGGAGAAGUUGUCCUACUGAAAUAG